AUGUGUACAGACCCCGUACAACCCUCUUUAAACCCUCCUGCACCUGAACCCCCGAUGAGAAACGCCACUCACACCAGCAAUCUCAAUCCGACACCAAAAUCUCCGGGAGUCCACGAUCUCGAAGAAGCAUAUGGGCUGAAAGACCUAUCCGACCCAAAUACCUGUACCGGAUAUAACUCGCUACAUGUCGUACCAAAUGUCAACGUGUCGAACGGAAAGCACUUGCCCGAUGGUAUCCGAUUAUGGUCGUGGCUGAUUCUAUGUGACGAUGGAACCGUGAUCUCCAUGCAAGAAAAUCCCUACCCCGGACUCUCCAGGCCGAAUGAGAAGGAGCUGAAGGCGGUCCUGGGCAUUGUCCGUAGGAACAUUCAAUUCAUAUUCUCUGGAGUGUCUAAACAGCAUUUUGCUUCCUCUGCGAGCGACUCGUUGAUUACGAUUCGCGUGCGACCUUUCCACGGCGGGGACGGCGAUCAUGCCAGCAUCAAACAGGACGACGGCCCUAGCUUGCUGUUCUACUACAUCUUUGACGACUGGGUUUCGAGUUAUGCUUUGGUCGCUAAGCGGGAGCACAAGUACGGGGUUAUACUGGACAAAUUGAGAACGGAUAUGUUGACAAGACCAGCCGUGGACCUGGUUAAUGAACUCCAUGGGCUUGGCCGGCAGCUCGCGGUUCUUAGAAGGCUUUAUUCCAGCUAUGAGCUGAUCAUGACGCGCAUUCUACAGAGACAACGACUCCUCCGUGAUGAGGCGCGCUCGAGUCGCCCUCCAAUGGCCCUUGGGCCCGUAUUUGGCGAAAGUGAGAUAGUGGAUCCCCGCCAGGCAGCCUUGCAAAACAAUUUCUCCUUCUCGAGCCUCCCAGAUAACCCAGUCGGGGUCCAGCUGAGCUCAGCUGCUGUGGCACGUUUCGAAAGACUGCUGGAUCGGAUCAAGCUUUAUUGCCUGUCUGAGAUCGACACCUGUCUGACUGAGAAGGAGUCCCUCACUUUUUUGAACUUCAACCUGAUCGCCUUAAAGGACUCCCAGGCUGUCGAGAAGCUCACGAGGAUCACGAUCUUGCUGGCCAAGGCGACCAUCCUGUUCUUGCCAGUGAGUCUGAUGACGGGGUACUUCUCAACCGAGCUCGAGGGCGUCAAGGGAGGGUAUACGCCGACACAGUACUGGGUGGCUUUUGCGGUGAUCUUGUUCUUGUCAAUGGUGCUACUCGGCUUAUUCGGGUACCUCAGUGACACGGUCGAAGGCAAAACCAUCUACCAGUCCCUGUUCCGGUCGUUUUUUCGUUCCUCUAGGGAGAGGAUCUCGUCCCGUCGAGGGGAUAAGGCGGGAGCUGCCGAGUGA